UUAUAAGCCAUUCGUCUGGCCGUGAACACCAGCCAGCUCAGUCGACGGUCGCAACUCGGGCCGAAAAGAUGAGCGGGAAUAUGGCGAAGGACCAAACGCAGAAGGCGGAUAGCCAAUCGCUGCUGGUGGCCAAAAUAGUCGCCAUGGUGGUGCUCGUGGUGAUCACCGUGCUCUGCGGCAGCCUGCCAUAUGUCCUGAACAGGUGCUUCGAGUGGACCAAGAAGAGUCCGGAGGAGACCCGGUCGUCGGCGGUGGUGCGCUGCCUGCUCUUCUUCGGCGGCGGCGUGCUCAUCUGCACCACGUUUCUGCACAUGCUGCCCGAGGUGAUCGAGGUGGUGGACGCCCUCCAGGUCUGCGGUUCACUCGCCCAGACGCCCUUCGCCCUGGCGGAGAUGCUGCUCUGCACGGGCUUCUUCCUGAUGUACGCCCUGGACGAGCUGAUGAGCAACUUGGUGCGUCGCCACCAGCGGAAGCUCAGCCGGAAGGAGUCGGUGGCCAGUCGCGCCUUCGAAAGAGGACGCAGUAUCCGGCACAGUGUCCUGCUCAGAAGUGAGGAGAACGCGACCCGCGAACAGGAAGUGAAAGAGAUGGCGCCCCAGCCGCCGAAGGAUCACCACGGCCACUCGCACAUGCCCGUGGCAUCCGGCGAAGGGUCCUCUGCCAGGGGUCUGGGCAUCAUCCUGGCCCUGUCCCUGCACGAACUGUUCGAGGGCAUGGCCAUCGGACUGGAGGGCAGUGUGAGCACGGUGUGGUUCAUGUUCGGAGCGGUGGCCGCCCACAAGCUGGUGCUGGCCUUCUGCGUGGGCAUGGAGCUGCUGGUGGCCCGCACGCGCGGCUCGCUGGCCAUCGUGUACCUGGUGACCUUCUCCAUCGUUACGCCCAUUGGCAUCGGCGUGGGCCUGGGCAUCAGCCAGCAGGUGGCGGCGGGGCAGCCCAGUCUGCCCUCCGGAAUCCUCCAGGGCAUCGCCUGCGGAACCCUGCUGUAUGUGGUCUUCUUCGAGAUCCUCACCGAGAGCCACGCUGGAUGGCGGGCACUUAUCGCCGCCGUGGCGGGAUUCUCCCUGAUGUUCGGCCUGCAAAUUCUUUCCGACGAAGCCGAGGGCGAUGAUAGCCUCACUUGUUCCUAGGCUUUACCUCACCAAUUCAGUAUUAUUCUACUUAAAAUAUAUUGCAGUAUAUGUGCAUUUACAAUAUAUACCAUUAUUACGCAAAAUGUAAUCGAAACAAGCCAUUACAGAUGUGGUAAAAGAUACAAAAAAAUUAAUAGCAGAAGUAUGGGCUUGCACUUUAAAAACAUAUAACUUACUUUUUAUCUUAUAACAAGUUCGUGAAAUACUAUUUUAUUUUAAGAAUAUACCGUCAAAAUUUCAAAUCGAACGAAGUAACACUAUUAUGCGGCAGUUAUUAUAUUUAAAUUUAUUGGUGCUUUACUCCAUGUAAACUGAAGCGAAAAAUUAAAAAGUUGCACUCAACAAAUACUCCGCGGAGCCGACUUCAUAAGCUUGUUUAUGUAUUAGGUAACCUUUUGAUAAUAUAAAUAAAAGGUUAGCUUUCGCUAAAACUUGUAAUUAAACAUUUAUAAAUAUAAUUUAAGUGUGAAGCAAAAGUGGAAUAAGGGGUAUCCAGCUUUUCGAUGUUUAUUAAUGUUUUGCAAUUAUUUUUUCUGCUCAAUCAAAAACCAAGAAGCUUUAUAACUGAUAUCUACCACGUCUCAGAGUACAGUGACAGACUUUCGCGUUUUUGAGGCGUAGAGUGGGCGUGGACCCUCUUCAAUAUACCCUUUUACUCUAGGGUAACGGCUAUAAGAAAACUUAGUUCUUGCCUUAAUAGUAGCAUAUAUAUUAUUUUUUAAUUCUCUGUUUGCCUUAAA